UACCCUCCCACACCAGCUUUGUUGUAUCUUUAAUUAGAAAUAUUUUUCAACCUUACCUUAAAAAUGCAAAACGAAUUCUUAUUACUUCUGAGAUAAGGCCCAAACUCCAUAGCCUAUUUUUUAGGGAGUUUCAUGAUCUGAUCCCUGCUGUUUACAUCUCCAUCUGUCAUUGGUCUUUCCUCCCAGUCUACACUCCUUGAAUGCACAAAGAUAGCUACGCUUGAUUUUGACAUGUUGUUUCCUCUGCCAGAAAAUCCCUCUCCCUUGCUCUGUCUUCUUUGGUGAACCCCUCAAGACUCAUCUGAAGCACCAUCUCCUAUAGGAAGCUUUCCCUUACUAAUUAGUUUGGCUUGGGCUCCUUUGAACUACUUGUCUCUUCUUCUACAUCCAUGAUAACCUUUAUAUCCUGUUGUAUUGUAAUUGCUUCUUGAGGGCAGAUCCUGCAGAAUAUUUAUCUGGAUUCCCAGUACCAAGCACAAAGCCAGAUUCCAGAGGCUUCUGUAUGUUUUUUUAAUAAAAAUAUUUGCUUUGUAAAACUGAUUACUCACCCAAUCCCAACCUUCCUUCCAUCUUUGUAUUCCUUUCAUGACAAAGCCACCCUGCUGCUCAUUGUCAAUAAAAUACAGGAGGCAAAGCAUAGUCUGCCAGGGCCAACUCAUCUUCACUCAAUAAAAUGAGGAAUCCUGGAAUCCAGAUGUAAGAUCCAGUAUUGAAAAUGAACAAGCUUUGGGUUCAGCAAGCCUAUACUACUUCCUAAUAGUAAAUUUGAGCAAGUGACCAGUUUCCUAAUCUUUUGAAUGAGGAUGAUAACUAACUUUCACAGAUGGCUUAAAGAUGAAGGCUAAUGUAGAUAUGAGUUGAUCAUUGAUGAAUCUGAGGGAAAAAGGAGAUUUAUAAUGCUAUUCUAUCUACUUUUAUAUGUGUAAAAUUUUCCAUAUUUCUAAUUUAAAAAAAAUUAUACAUACACACACAUAAAAUACCCAGAACAUAACUCUGCUCAAUCAGUAUUAUUUUGUUGUUACCCUAGAGUGGGAAUAAAUUAUCAGAACCACAUUUACCCUUUCCUCCAAGGCUUUACACUGAAAAAGGAGUCUGGAUGAUGCCAGAAAGCAGAAAGAAACCAGAGAGUGCUGGGCCUGGAGGUUAAUGGGAAUUGACAGUGCAGCUGGGCCCAAGACUGUGUGUACAGCUCUGCUUUCUCAGGACUCUGCUUGACCAGAAGAGGAAUCCUGAAGAAGACUGAUCGACUCUUAGAAUUUUAAGUCAUGGCCCACCAGUUGAUGUUCAGGCACGUAGCUGUGGACUUCUCUCAGGAGGAGUGGGAGUGCCUGGACUCUGAACAGAGGGACUUGUACAGAGAUGUGAUGUUGGAGAACUACAGCAACAUGGUCUCACUGGGACUUUGCAUUUAUCAGCCAGAUGUGUUCUCUUUACUGGAGAAGGGGAAGGAGCCCUGGAGGGUUUUGAAGGAUGAGACAAGAGGACCUUGCACAGAUAUGCAGUCCAGGUAUCAGACCAAGAAGUUAUCACAAAAAAACGGCGUUUUUGAGAGAGCAUUAUCUCAAUGUGAAAUAAUGGAAAUUUGUAAAAAACACAGCAUUGAGUGUUUAUGCUUUAGACGUGAUUUGGAAAGCAACGGUCAGUUUGAAACACAGCAGGAAAAUCAACAAGAAUGUUUUAAGCAGGUUAUACUCACCUAUGAAAAAAUGUCCACUUUUAACCAGGACACAGCUUUUAAUCUACAACAGAAACUUAAUACAGGAAAGAAACUGAAUGAAUUUAAAGAGUAUGGGAAAGCCUUUUGUUCUAGCUCAGACUGUACUCAACACCAGUUAAUUCACACAGGUGAGAAAUUUUGUGAAGAUAAGGAGUGUGAGAAAACCUUUCUUCCUGAUUCAGAACUCACUCCAUGUCAGACAGUUCACACUGCUAAGAAAACAUAUGAAUGUAAAGAAUGUGGGAAGGCUUUUAGUUUGCGUUCAAGUCUUACUGGUCAUAGGAGAAUUCAUACUGGUGAAAAACCUUUUAAAUGUAAGGAAUGUGGGAAGGCCUUUAGAUUUCAUUCACAACUUAGUGUCCAUAAGCGUAUUCAUACUGGUGAGAAAUCUUAUGAAUGUAAGGAAUGUGGGAAGGCCUUUAGUUGUGGCUCAGACCUUACUCGACAUCAGCGAAUUCAUACUGGUGAAAAACCCUAUGAAUGUAAUGAAUGUAGGAAGGCCUUUAGUCAGCGAUCACAUCUUACUAAACAUCAGAGAAUUCACACUGGUGAAAAACCUUAUGAAUGUAAGGAGUGUGGGAAAGCUUUUACUCGUGGCUCACACUUAACUCAACAUCAGAGAAUUCAUACUGGUGAGAAAUCUCAUGAAUGUAAGGAAUGUGGAAAAGCCUUUAUUCGUGGUUCAAAUCUUGCUCAACAUCAGAAUGUUCAUGUUGGUAGGAAACCCUAUGAAUGUGAGAAAUGUGGGAAAGCCUACAUCUGGAGUUCACACCUUGCUCGACAUCAGCGAAUUCAUACUGGGAGGAAACCUUAUGAAUGUAAGCAAUGUGGGAAGACUUUUAUUUGGGCCUCAUAUCUUGCUCAACAUGAGAAAAUUCAUAAUGAGAAGAAACUCUAUGAAUGUAAGGAAUGCAGAAAGACCUUUCUUCAUGGCUCAGAGUUUAAUCGACAUCAGAAAAUUCAUACUGGUGAGAGAAAUUAUGAAUGUAAGGAAUGUGGAAAGACCUUUUUUCGUGGCUCUGAACUUAAUCGGCAUCAGAAAAUCCAUACUGGAAAGAGACCAUAUGAAUGUGAAGAAUGUGGAAAAGCCUUUCUCUGGUGUUCGCAACUUACUCGACAUCAGAGAAUACACACUGGUGAGGAACCUUAUGUAUGUAAAGAAUGUGGGAAAUCUUUUAUCUGGGGUUCACAGCUUUCACGACAUAGGAAAAUUCAUACUGAUGCAGAACCCUAUGAAUGUAAGGAAAGUGGCCAGAUCUUCAGUCACUAUUCAUAUUUUACUGAAGAGAAAAUUCACAAUGGUGAGAAUCUCUAUCAAUGGAAAGACUCUGGGAACCCCUUUAAUUGUGACUCAGACUUUGCCCAACACCAGAAUAUUUACACUUUCAAGAAAUCCUAUGAAUACAAUGAUUUUGAGGCAGCGUUUUCUCCCGGCUCUAACUUGAUUUCACUCUUGUGAAAUCUUAUGGUACAAAAAUGUAGGAAAGGCUUUAUUCAUGACUCGUUAAUUGAUGUCAGUUAAUUCCUUCUUUUGAGAAACCCCGCAAGUGUAAGUAAUAUUAGAAAACCUUUUGACAGAGCACACAACACACUGAACAGAAGAGAAUUCAUAAUGCAAUGUAUAUAAUACAGGAAAGCAUUUAUGGAUUGGUCGUCGGUUAUGGAAUAUCAAGGUAAAACUUAUGAAUGAGAUGAUAGUGUCAAUUCCUUCUGAAUCAUUCUCAAAACAUUCUCCCAUCAUUGAUAUUAAGCUGCAUAGAAUUUAAAUCCAAUUCAUCUAGGGAAACCUUCCAUCACUACUUAAAUCUUGUUGCAACCCCAAAAUCAUACCAAAGGUGAAUUAUUGUUAUGUAAUUAAUCUGGAAAAGCUUCAAGUUUUGUCAUACAACUUAUUUAGCAUGUCUUAGUUUCAACAAAACUUACCUCUGUAUUUUUUGGAAAGUAACUUAAAUCUGUUUUGCUUACUUGUCAGAUUAUAAAGGUUAAAUGAGUUUGAGGAUUUAAAUGACUUUAUGACCAUUAUUAAUAUUAGUAUUAGACCAUAUCUAUGAGAGGAAGACCUUAAGAGUAUGAUUGUAGAAAAUAGGCCAUUUGUAUGUGUGUCUUAUUGAACAGCAGAAUGUUAAUUCUGAAGAAAAAAACAGUAAAAUAGAAUGAAGGGAAGAAAGCUUUGAAUCAGUAUUAAUUUCAUUUGCUGCAUCAAAAAAUUUAUACUAUAAAUAAAGCCUUAUGGUUUUAGUGAAAGUGGGGUUGCGUGCUCAGCAUUUUUUUUUUAGAAAAGGCAUUCAGAAGUGAUUCGUCUCUGACAGAUUGCUAAAGCCAAUUGUCAUAUCCAUUUUAUGACCACAAUUAAAAGUGUAGAAAUUAGAAAAUAGCCAAAUGAAUUUUGACCUCUCAGAAAUUUAUCACUACAUAUAUAAACAAUUCUCGGAUUAAUGAGCAAAUCGAAAAUGAAAUUACGGGCUACUUAGAUGUGAAUGAUAAUGAGACUCCUGUAUAUGAAAUCCUGUGAAUGUGACCAUAGCAGUUCUCAAUGGAAAUUGCUCGAUAUAAAACCAAGAAGAUGGAGGGCAGUUUAUUUCUUGUCACCACUGUAUCUCCAGCACUUAGGACAGUGCCUGUCAUAUUGUGGGGUCCAAAUAUUUGUCAGGUUAAAUAACGAUUACUCAGUUAAACAAGCUAGAGUAAGAGCAGAUGCCCCAAAUGAAUUGAUGGAAAGGUUUAAUGAAAAUAAAGCAAAAAUCAUGGAAUAAAGAACAAUACAGAAAGUGUGUUUUUGAUUGAGGUUAACAUUGGUUUAUGUGAAGGUUUUUUAUUUUAAAUCAAAAUGUUUCUUUGAAGAAAACUGUUAUUUACUAGACUUUGGCAAUGCCUCCACAUUAUGAUAAGAAAGGAGAAAUAUGAUAUAACUAUAUGUUUAGAGGAUUUUUUAAUGGUCAUGUAAAUGUAUAUAAACUUUACUAGACAUUUUUAAAUAUAGAGAAUAUGGUUUAUUUUCUAGGAAAAUAUUAUUUUAAAUGAUUAAAUUUUGAGAGUAACUAAAAAGAGCCAAAAAAUUUUAACAAUUGGAAAAAAAAAUCUUUAAAAAUCCUGUAGGACCAGAUAAUUGUGCAGACUACCCCCUGAAGGAACAAAAAAUCCUGUGGAAAAAUUGCCACUUCCUGCUAAAAGAGUAACAUAAUUCUGAUAAUAAAAUUAGAUAUGGAGUAGCCCUUGAACAACAAAUUCCAGAAUAAUUUCACUCAUGAACAUACAUGAAAAAACUAAUACAAUAGUCAAAUGACGUUUACCCAGAAUGUUUAAGCUCUGAUCUAGAUGGGUAAUAAUUCUGUAGUUUAGACAUAAUAACAAGAUAUCAAUGAUGAAAAUGUACCUUAUCAGUUCAGUAUUUAAUCAAUUUAUUCUAAGUGCAUUUUCUUGGUACUUUUUAGUAUUACAUGAGUUAAGGAAUGGUGAGUAUAUAUGUACAUAUACUUAGCACAUUUAUAAUUCAGUUUUUUAACAAUAGUUAAACAGUAUUAGGGAAGAGUAGUUCCCUCCCAAAUUAUUUUCUUCUAUGGAAAUUCGUAACUCGUGGAAAAAAGGAAUUUUUUUUCUUAUAUCACUAUUGUAAUAAACAAGCCAUUUUCAUUCAUGCUGACUAGAUUUUUUUUUAAGGUGAUAAGUGCACUGAGAAAAAUAACAUUUAGAGGUUUCUGGACAUCUAUAUGCAGGUAAGUAUGGGACAUUCCUUUUUUCUUUGGCCCAGACACCUUGUUGAGUUUAGUAUCAGUAUGCAUAUCUGGUGUUCCUGUCUCCUUCAUGGUUAAUUUCUGGAUCUCCCUGAAAGUCUGAGGUACAUGCUUCUUGAACUCCCACUCAUUGAUAUAUUUGUCAGUGUUGAUAAUGUCUUUUCUAGUCUACCAUAUAGAUAACAGAUUGGCCCUUAGUUUUUCCCUAACCACCUUUCUUUGCAGGAGCCAUUCUGCUAGAACUAUUUUGGAAAAGAACUUUUUAAUAAUUAGUGUUAGUACAGCUGGAUAAAAUUUCAGGGAAAAAAUUAGAUUCAUUCCUGGCAGUGGAAAGCAAGAUAAAUUAUCAACAAAUCAUAACAGGAAUUUUUUGGAAACUUAACUAGCUGAUUUUUAAACAUAUGGAAAUGCAAAGGGUCAUGAAUAAGCAAGACACUAUUGAAAGAUAAGAACAGUGUGGGAGGACAUUCUAUCAUAUAUUAAGACAUAAAUCUAUAGCUACUAAUACAAUAUGGUAUCCUACACAUGGAUAAAUAGACCAAAGGAACCAGAGAUCUCAGAAAUAUAUCAUGCUUAGGGACAUUUUAUUAGUUACAGAGGUGGCAAUGCAGAGCUCUGUGGAAUGAACACCUCUUCAAUAAAUUGUUCUAGAACAAUUGAUUAUCCAUAUAAGAAUGCAAUUGAGCAUCCAUGAAACAAUACAUGAAAAUGAGUUCCAGAUGGAUUGAUAACUUAAAACACAAGGCAAAAUAAUAAAACUUUAGAACACAUCUGAGAAUUUUUCAUAACCUCGGGGUACAAUAUAUUUCCUAGACAAAAUAUUUUAAAUUUAACCAAAAAGGAAAAAUGUGAUGUAUUUGCAUUAAUUUUAUUAAUUCUGUUAGUCAGCAGUCAUCAUUAAAAGAGUAAACAGUUGACUGACUGUUUACCUGUACAGCGGAAAUAACUAAGAAGUUGAACAAAAUAGGUAAAACAAUGGUUUUCAAGACAUUGAACAUCUUGAAAUGUCCAAUUCCAAUAAAGGACAGUGAUCCCUGAAAUGAGAAAUGAGGUGAGCCCUGUGAUUGCCCAGCUUAUGGCUGGGAGGGGUAACCCAGGCAGAGCCCAGUGGUCUCUAGUGUUGAAAUGGGAUGGGGAGGCCAAUGAGGCCAACGUGGUCAGAGUUUACAGGGCAGAACACCAAAAGGAGAGAACUGCACAAAGAUUUCCAGAGAUCCACAGAGGAUUUCCCUUAAGUUCAGCUAAAGACUCAUUAAUACAUUUAUCAAGAAACUAUCUGAAGCCAGGGAAAAAUCACCAGCUGAAAGAAUUAGAGGGAGCAAUCCUCAGAGCUCAUAGAGGUCCAGGAAUAAUUCCCGCUCCCAGCAGCCAAAGUGAGAAACCUGAGACUUCACGUAGUAUCAGGUAGAGUACCCAGAGGGUUUUACCUCAGUUGUGGGGAAAAUUUACCAUAGGCUAAGCACUACUCUGAUCCCACCUAACAAAACUUAAAAGCAAACCUCAAAAAGAUCAAAUUUUUCAAAUCACAGGAUCCCAAAAAAGACCAAGAAUAUUUAUAGGAAUACAAAAACAUGCAGCACCUAACGGCAAAAUUUAUGUCUGGCAUCCAGUAAAAAAGUAUUAAGCUUUCAACAUCCAUUAAUGAGAAGAACUCAGCUAAGAGGAAUAGAAAGGAAUUUCCUCAACUAAUAAAGAGUAUCUGAAAAAUCUACAGCUAACAUCAUACUUAAUGGUGUAAGACCUAAGAUCAGGAAUGAGAAAGAUGUCAUCUCAACACUUCUACUAAGCAUUGUACUGGAGGCUGUAGCCAGUGCAAUAAAGAAAAAAGAAGAAAAAAAAAAAAGUAUCCAGAUUGGAAAGGAAGAAGUAUCUGUGUUAAUAAAUGUGAAUAUCUAGAUUAAAAAAUUUGAUGGCAUUGACAAAAAUAGCUACUAAAACUAAUAAGUGAGUUUACUGAGGUUGCAGGGUAAAGAUCAAUAUGCAUAAAUCAAAUUAUUUUCCAUGUACUAGCAAUGAACAAUCUGAAACUUGAAUUUUAAAAAUGCCAUUUAGGGCUGGCCUGGUGGCCUAGCGGUUAAGUGCGUGCGCUCCGCUGCUGGCGGCCCAGGUUCGGAUCCCAGGCGCGCACCGACGCACCACUUCUCCAGCCAUGCUGAGGCCGCGUCCCACAUACAGCAACUAGAAGGAUGUGCAGCUAUGACAUACAACUAUCUACUGGGGCUUUGGGGGGAAAAUAAAUAAAUCUUUAA